GUCUCCGGAUUCUACGUGCCCGUUGGCGGUAUAGCGAAUUGGAACCCCCGUCAUCCGCGGGGAACGGAAACUCAGGAUCCGGAAGGCCCAUUCGAUGAAGAUUUAACCUUCGACCAACAGUGGGCAAUAGGACGGACACCAUGGUAGAAUACACCCGCACAGUCAGCGUGCUGCUGGUGCUGCUGAUGUGUGCAACCCCGCUGACGUACGCGCACGGCUGGGGCUCGGAAGACAUGGAGCUGUUCGAUCUCGUCGAGGAAGUGAACGAAAACUUCUACACCCUCAUGAACAUCAACCAGACGGCAUCACUGGCCGCGAUCAAGCGAGCCUUCCGGACGCUGUCGGUUGUGCUGCAUCCGGAUAAGAACGAUGCCGAGGACGCAAACAUCCGGUUCCGUAACCUAGUCUCGGUGUACGAGAUCCUCAAGGAUCCGGUUAAGCGGGAGAAAUACGACAAGGUGCUGAAGGAGGGCAUGCCGAACUGGAAGUCGGCCCUGUACUACUACCGGCAUGUGCGCAAGAUGGGCAUGGUCGAGAGCGCCACCAUUCUGUUCCUCGUAAUCACCGUAAUGCAGUAUUUUGUGGCGUGGGCCGCCUAUGUCGAGAAGAAGUACACAGCGGAGCAAAUCGUGGGCAGUAAACUGAAAAAGUUGAACAAGAAAAAGCAGACGAACGUGCAGCUGGAGGAACUGAUCAGCGAGAUUCCUUUGCCAAGCAUAAAAAACACUCUCCCCUGUCAGAUCCCGGUGUGGGUGUGGAAAUUGGUGACCGGAACACCAGGCGCCAUACGGCUCAUGUUCGAAAUGUACUCGCAGCAGAAAAAGCUGAAGGAAGAAGAGCUGCAAAGGGAGCAAGAAGAAAUCGAGCUUCAAGCGUCCCUGGAAGAACAGCGUGCAAAGGAGAAGGAAAAUCGCACCCUGCGCAAGCGAUCGAAAAAGAUGCUGGUGCCGGAGAAGACGGAUGAAGAGCUGGCCGCAUACAGCCAGCGCAUCCAUAAGCCGGGCCAGGAUAACGAAAGUGGAAAAGGCCCAUCUACAGCGGUGCCCCAAUCGGGUGGUCUGUGGACCGAGGACGAUUUAACCGAGCUGGUGCGCUUGGUAAAAAAAUACCCAGGUGGCACCAGCAACCGGUGGGAGCUAAUCGCAGAACUAAUGCAGCGCUGCGUCGAAGAAGUCACCUACAUGGCCGCCAAGAUGAAGGAAUGCGGUUACCGUUUACCACACCAGGUUGACGGUGCGAGCUCACUCGACGCACCAGGGGCUGGUACGGUGGCAGCCUCCGUGGCAAAAGUGAAAACGAAAACACGCGACAAUACCUCGAGCGAGGCCGCCAGCAGCACAUGGACGCAGCAGCUGCAGCAAGCGCUCGAGGUCGCCAUCCAAAAGUAUCCCAAAUCGGCCAACUACGAUCGAUGGCAAAAGAUCGCAAACAGCGUGCCGGGUAAAUCGAAGGAAGAGUGUAUCGCGCGGUACAAAUAUCUCGUAGAGCUUGUAAGGAAGCAGAAGACUGCCGCCUCACCAGCAGCGGAAGACGAGCAGCCAGCUCCCGCGGGACCCGAUGGGGACGAUCAAACCCAACCCGCUACUUCCGAGGACACGCACAAACCAGACGACGAGCCAGGGGACAACAGCGAACCGGUGGCUGCCGGUGGCAAGAGCCAAGCGAAGAGCAAACGACGCGAGCGCAAGAAAGCGAAAGCAUACUACAGCUACUCGGAAGAUUCGGACAUGUCCAACGAGCCGGAGGAGAUUUGAUAAGCCGUCCGUCGCACGAACGCACGAAACAACAAAACCAUCUGCUUAGCAGUACGGCACGAACGAUGGUGGCCAACCUGGAUCGGAGUUGUAAUGUUUUUCUUCUUCUUUUUGCUCGGAAGUGAGCUUCAAAUCAUUGUUGGCGUUUUGGGUGGGGAGGCACGUGUUGGUAAAAUAAAUAAACCUUAC